AUAAACUUAAACAAUGAUAUAAAACAACAGGACUAUUUUUGCGGCGCGUAUUUACGUGCAGGUGCUUUGGACAACAUUUCACGUGAAAAAGCUUUGAAAUUCAUCACAAUUUCCUCAUUUUCUGAAAAUCAACUGUUACUUAGUGGCUAUAACCAAGGAUUACUUGAACAUAACAUUAUAGUCUUUGACGGAUAGGAUUGUUACAUCAAAAGCAUGCAUCUGUGUGGAGAAAUUUGACGAGCUUGUCAAGAAAGAUUCGAAUAAAUUUCAUUUUUCAAGUUUAUUUUGAAUGUCUCUGAAGAUCCUGUCUAUGAUAGAUGUAAUUCACAAUCAUCAGUAGAGGAAUAUAACCAGAUUACAUGAUGUCAUCUUACUCAGGAUUAAGCAGAGCUCAGCUGAGCUAUGAGUAUCUUCAUACAAACUCAACGACCCAUGAGUUUCUGUUUGGUGCCUUAGCUGAGUUAGUAGACAAUGCAAGAGAUGCAUCUGCCACCAAAAUUAGCAUAUAUUCAGUACCAGAUAAGUCACUUAGAGGGGACUACAUGCUGUGUUUCCUUGACGAUGGAGAAGGCAUGGACUCAGGUGAAGCCUCCGAUAUCAUCACAUUUGGAAAAUCUACAAAAAAGACACUAGACUCUCAAAUGAUAGGAAUGUACGGGAAUGGUCUCAAAUCGGGUUCCAUGCGAAUAGGGAAUGACUUCUGCCUAUUCACUAAGAAGGGAGCAGAAAUGACAUGUGUCUUUUUAUCAAGGACAUUUCACGAGCAAGAGAAAAUAGACGAAGUUAUAGUUCCCAUCCCAAUCUUUGAUGCAACCACCAAAAAAUCAAUUGCUUCCACUGCGCAGGAAAAAGAAAGGCAUGAGAUGGAAAUGCAGCUGAUUUAUAAAUACUCACCUUUUAAAAAUGAAAAAGACUUUAUGGCCCAGUUUGACAAGAUAGAUGGCAGCACAGGUACCUUAGUAAUUGUAUACAAUAUGAAACUUCUCGACAGCGGGGAGCCAGAGCUUGAUGUGAAUUCUGACGCCAAUGAUAUUUUACUCUCCAGCAAUAAAUUCUCAGAGUUUGACGCAGAUGAAGGACUUAUGCCCGAAAGGAGGUCAUUCCGCGCCUACACAGCCCUGUUAUAUGUUGACCCCCGUAUGAGGAUAUUUAUACAAGGGAAGAAAGUACGAACAAAACGUUUAGCAAAUACACUGUACAAGCCACGACUGUACAAGUUUUCCUCUAGUAGGUUUAAGUCACGUGCAGAGAGUGAAACACAAAAAGCAAAAGAUGCAUCAAGAAUUGCUGAUGCUAAGGCCAGGGAGGCUGAGAGUAAAGCCAAAAACCUCGAGACACAACUUGAAAAGUCUGGCAAGAUGACCAAGGCACAGACAACAGAAUUGCGUAAACUGCAGGCUGCUGCGUCUGAGCUUAGGGCUGAUGCUAACUUCAAGAAAAAUAUGGCUGAACGCAAAGCAAAAACUCUAAAGGACCCUAAAAUUCUCAACUUUAUAUUCGGAGUAAACCUGGACAAUCGCAACCAAGAUGGCGUAUUUGUCUAUAACUGCAGCCGUUUAAUAAAAAUGUACCAAAAGGUUGGGCCACAAGCUGACGGCGGUGUAUUCUGUAGUGGAGUUGUCGGGAUCGUUGAUGUGCCAUAUUUGGUAUUAGAGCCAACACAUAAUAAGCAGGAUUUUGCAGACGCCAAAGAGUAUCGACAUUUAUUAAAGGCUCUUGGGGAGCAUAUGGUUCAGUAUUGGAAAGACAUAGGAAUAGCCCAGCAAGGGGUGACAACAUUCUGGACCAACUUUGGCUAUGUGAGCAGUAACUGGAAAGACAACCCCUCACAAGACUCCAAGUUCCUCAAAAAGAGAGCAAUGCAGAUGAACAUUACCUUACAGUGUGACAUGUGUCUUAAGUGGCGAAUGUUGCCAUUCUCUGCCAGCAAUAUAGGUAAAGAUUUCCCUGAUGACUGGGAAUGUACAGACAAUACAGAUCCUCAGCAUAACACGUGUGCUACAGCAGAGCAACGGCUCAACAUAAACGAAGGUGUACUGAAGAAGGAAAUUAAAAGCAAAGAAGACAAAGCAAAAGAUCUCGAAGAAGAAAUUAAGAAAAAACAACAAGAGCUUGAAAAAAUGGCAAAUAAACAAACUGUCCAUUCCUCACGACAAGCUAAGAAAAUGGAAGAAGAAAAACAGAGAGAAAAAGAAAGACAAGAGGAGGAACAGCAGAGAGAAUUAGAAAGACGAGAGAAAGAAAAAGAAAGAGAAAGAAUACGUUUGAAAAAUGAGCGAGAAAAGGAACGAAUGAGAAUUGAAAAAGAAAAGGAAAAGGCAAGAAUGGCGAAAGAGCGGGAAAAACAGGCUCGAGAGCGGGAAAGGGAAAAGGCCAGAAUGGAGAAAGAACGGGAAAGGCAACGCCUAGAAAGAGAAAGAAAAAAGAAGGCUGCCCAAAAGAGUAAGUCUGCCAAGGUGACCUCAAGUAGCACUCGUGGCCGAGGCGGGGCUGCAACAAAACGUAAAAUGGAUGAAUCUUCAUCUGAAGAAGAAUCAGAAAGUUCAGAAGAAGAGGAAGAAGAAGUGAAACCAAGCCCAGCUAAGAGAAAACCAACACCAAAACCUGUCCCAGUCAAGAAAAAAGAGGUAAGCGAAGAUGAAAUGGAUGAAGAUAAGGAUGUUUCUAUGGAAACCACUGACAUCACAGAUACAAUGAGUGAAGAUGAAGAGAGUGAAGUGGGAACAAAAGUUGAGGCCAAGGUCAACAAUAAAUGGCACACUGGCACUGUUAUACGAGUCAACAAAAAAGACAACAAAUGGAAGGUCAAGUUUGAUAGUUAUCCAAAAGACAAAUACGAUAAAUGGUACCCGGUGCUAGGAGGUGAUAUCAAGAGUCUCAGAACAGAUAAAAAGAAGGACACCAAGCCACCUGGUGGUGCUUCCCCGUCACAGGACACAGCCCCUAAACCUUCAAGUUCCACGACAGACAGUGCUUCUGGCCAAUUAGUGGAGGAAUUAGCUCAUGGUUACAGAACAUGUUUACGCUACUUCCUCCCGCCACAAUGGGUUAUGGACAAAGAUGCUGUUGCGACACUUACAGUACAAGAGUUAGCGAACUUUAACCUAGAUGACUUUUUUGAUCAUUAUGAAAAAGGUCUGAGAAAGUUGGUGAACAGUUUCCAAAGUGAGGCAUCUGCUAAACAAACCGAAGCAGAUACUGCCAAAUCUAAACUUUCCAACGUUAGGAAAUUGAUAGCGAAACUUCUCAAGUCAAUCAACGAGGAGUUUGAUAUAGACCCCAACCAGGAUAAUGACUCUGUAGAUGAACUCUUAGCCACAUGUGUGAAACAGGUUGAAGAGCAGAACACACAGUCAUGACAACAUACAACGUAGUCAUGGCAACCCACUUUGUAUUCAUUAGUGACCCACUGUAUUGUCAAAGCAUCUGACUUUGUUGUCAUAGUAGUAUACAGUGUAGUCAUAGCAACAUGAGUAAUAUCAUAGCAACAGUGGAAAAAUUAGUCUUGAAUUCCAAGAAAUCUUCAAGACUUGAGUUUGAGACAAGAUGCUGUUCAAGACCAGAAGCUGUUCAAGACUGCAGAAACUGUUCAAAACCAUUGACUGUAUUGUACAAUACACUACUCUUCAUAAAGUUGUAAUAAUAGACGUUGAAGAAAGCAUACAGAGAACUUAUUUUUU